AUGGAGUUCGUAACCGCCCUACGGGGCUCCAUCGACGACCAGAAGCCCUCCCUCUUUGAGCUUCUUUCCGAACAACAGCUCAACUCCCUCCUCCCCCCGACCAUCCGAUAUCUUCUUACCAUCGCCACCCAGCGCUACCCCCGCUACCUCCUCCGGGUCCUCAACUCGUUCGAUGAGCUCUACGCCCUCCUCAUGCUCCUGGUGGAGCGCCACUACCUCCGAACCCGCGGCGGCUCCUUCACGGAAAACUUCUACGGCCUCAAACGCGAAAAGGCGCUCCACGCCGAGAUCCCGCGAGCGUCGACCCAUGCGCCCGCCAUCGUCCGCGACGCACUGCGCCUGCGGUCGCGCGACGUGUGGAAGAACCUGGCCGUCAUGGUGGUCCUCCCCUACCUGAAGCGGAAACUAGACGAGGGCUACGAGGUGAACGCCCCCCGCGCCCUCCUCGGCGCCGCCUACACCCGCAUGCCCGACAACCCGACCGUCAAGCAGCGCCUGCUCCACUACUACCGCUGCUUCCUCACCAAGAUAUACCCCAGCGUCAAUGCCGGCUACUACUUCGCCCUGCUGGCUUUCAACCUCGCCUACCUCUUCGACAACGCCAAGUCCCACGACCCUUUCCUGUGGCUCAUUGGCACGAGGGUGCGACGCAUGACGGCCGAGGAUUACCGCGCCAUCGAAGCCCUCACGGCCAAGUCCGGUGGUCGCAAGGGACCCGCCGCCGCCCCGGGCUUCCGCUCCCUCCUCUCCCCGAAGGAGCUGGGCCCGCGCAUGCUGUCCAGCCUUUCGAUGCUGCUACCGCUGAGCAUCUUCGCGCUCAAGUUCCUCGAGUGGUGGCACGCGUCCGACUUUGCCAAGCAGCUCUCUCGGAAGGCGGCCGAUGCCAUCGAUUUACCGCCGCCCAUCGUCACGGGGUUGGAGAGGAAGAAGAAGAAGAAGGAGGAGGAGGAGGAGGGUGGCUCCGGCGGCGCGUCUGCUGCUGGCGAGAAAAAGGGCGAACAGGCGGCCACCGACGCCGAGGGAGACGAAAGCAAGGAAGGUCUUUUGACCGAUGCCGAAACCGCGCCCAUGGCUACUUCAUCCCUGCUCCCGAUCCUCACUGUCUCUGCCCCGGAGGAUACGAAACUGUGUCCCAUAUGCGCCGGCGACAUCGUCACCCCGACGGCGUGCCAGACCGGCACCGUCUACUGCUACUCGUGCAUCCACCGGUGGUUGGAGGGGACGCAUCCGAAGCAGGAGGCUUUCAUGAUGGAUAAGGAGGGCAAGUGGGAGAGUGGGAUGGGCCGGUGCGCCGUCACUGGCAGACGCGUCUUGGGAGGCACCGAAGGUCUCCGCCGCAUCAUGGUGUAA